CUCUCCCAUCAGGACCACGGGAUGCGACGCACGAACACACACCCGGCUGGAGAACAACUUUACCCAGCAGUUAUAGCCUACCUGGUGGUUGUGGAUAACUAACGCGGUGGUAACUCCAAACUGAGGGGGGUGGGGUGGGUUAAAUUAGUUUUUUAUUUCUUUUUUGCAUCAAAUACAACUCAGCAGCCCUGUCCUGUGCUGUGUUGUGUUUCCCAUAUGUCGCGAAAGCAGUCCGACCAUGACUACAAUCUGCGUAGUAUGAGCAACCGGAUGGGCGAGCGGUGGAAGAAAGUGAGCGACGGAGGGGAGCGGAGUCUCAUCAAGGCUCCGUCCAGCGCCAGCCUCAGCAGCCAGGGCGCCUCCUCCGCCGCGGCUCCCCCCGCCGGUCCCCCCGCCGGAGCUCCCGCCUUGCCUCCUUCUUCCACCGGGGACCUGGAGAGGGCUGCCCGCAAGCAGUUCACCCAGGAUGUCACGCCGGGUUUCGUCUACCUCCUGGCCGCGUUCUCCGCCCUGGGGGGCUUCAUGUUCGGCUACGACACCGGGGUGAUCUCCGGAGCCAUGUUGCUGCUGAAGCGGGAGAUGGAGCUGAGCGCCCUGUGGCAGGAGCUGCUGAUAUCGAGUACUGUGGCCGCGGCCGCCCUAUCUGCGCUGCUGGGGGGCUUCCUGAACGGGCUCUUCGGGCGCAGGGUGUGCAUCCUGCUGGCCAGCUUCUUCUUCGCCGUCGGGGGGAUUGUGCUGAGCACCGCCCCAGGCAAGGAGGUCCUGCUGGCGGGGAGGCUGAUCGUCGGAGUGGGGCUUGGUAUUGCCUCUAUGACAGUGCCAGUGUACAUCGCUGAGGCCUCUCCACCCCACCUCAGGGGUCAGCUGGUGACAGUUAACACCCUCUUCAUCACCGCUGGACAGUUCACCGCCAGCCUCGUCGACGGUGCCUUCAGCUACCUGCAGCGUGAUGGCUGGAGGUACAUGUUGGGUCUGUCGGUGCUUCCCGCCAUGAUCCAGUUCUUGGGUUUCCUGUUCCUUCCAGAGAGCCCCCGCUGGUUAAUCCAACGUGGGCUGACCCAGAAGGCCCGUCGCGUCCUCAGUCAGAUCCGAGGGAACCAGAACAUUGACGAGGAGUACGACAGCAUCAAGAACAGCAUCGAUGAGGAGGAGAGCGGAGGAGAUGGCCCUGUGAUCUGGAGAAUGCUGACCUACGCCCCCACUCGGCGAGCCCUCCUGGUGGGCUGUGGUCUUCAGAUGUUUCAGCAGCUUUCGGGAAUCAACACGGUCAUGUACUACAGCGCCACAAUCCUGCAGAUGUCAGGAAUUCGAGACGACCGGCUGGCGAUCUGGCUGGCUGGGCUCGCCACCCUCACUAACUUCCUGUUUACCCUGCUGGGAGUGUGGCUGGUGGAGAGGGUGGGGCGCAGGAAGCUCACCUUGGGCAGUAUCAUAGGUACAUGUUUAAGCUUGAGUCUGCUGGCCAUUGGUUUUCUGAUGUCUGCCCAGCACAGUCCUCCUGUCACCUUUCACCCAUUGGACCCUAUGGCCAACUCUACCUGCUCCAAGUACCAGCUGUGUGAGCCAUGCAUGCUGGACCCUGGAUGUGGGUUCUGUUACCGUGAGAACGUCUCAGCGCUCCUCACCUCCUCCUGCGUGGCUGUCAAUAAGGCCUCCACGGAGCACGCAGCAUGGGGCAGAUGCUCCAACUCCAGCCUGAUGAGAGAUCAGACUUACUGGGCCUACAACUACUGCCCCACCUCCUACUCCUGGCUGGUGUUGCUGGGUCUGAUGUGCUACCUGGCUGCUUUCGCACCAGGGAUGGGCCCGAUGCCAUGGACCAUCAACUCAGAGAUCUACCCUCUGUGGGCGAGGAGCACGGGGAACGCCUGCGCAGCCGGGGUCAACUGGACCUUCAACAUCCUGGUGUCUCUCACCUUCCUCCACCUGGCUCAGUACUUCACAUACUAUGGAGCGUUCUUCCUCUACUCCAGCAUGGCUUUGCUGGGUUUCUUCUUCAUCUACGGCUGCCUGCCGGAGACCAAAGGCCGGCGUCUGGAGGAGAUCGAAGCGCUGUUCGAAAACCAGCUCUGUUCCUGCGGCGCCUCGGACUCGGACGAGGCACGACAGGUGGAGUACAUCCGAGUCAAAGGUUCAAACUACCAUCUAUCGGACAACGACGCGUCUGACGUGGACUAGCGAGAGUUAGGCUGUUUCUUUUGCUUUGUUUAUUUCUAAAACAUGCAACUUGUAAUGUAAUAUUUGACUGUUUGUGUGUGUGCGAGCUGAGGAGCCACUGGUUACCCGUCAAUAUGAGGUGAAGAAUCACAGUUUCAAUGAGAAAGAUGAGGGUGAACUGACACAACAUCAGGUGUCAAACCCACUUAUAUCUGAAUUCCCUAAAGUUUAAACACUGCCUUUUCCGCACAUAACUUGGACAGGAAACAUGCAUUUAGAAAAUAAAAGGGACACUUCCUCUGUUAUGAAGUCCACCGAAAAGAGGCUGCAGCUCAGUAUCGUACGAUGUUCCUAAUAUUUUGUACAUUUGUUGACUAAAUGUCAUUUAUGAUUAAUGUACGUACAGUAUACAACACAGCAAUCCUACAGCAUUAUUUCAGUUUCCGUUGAGAAUCCAUUUAAAGAGUUCCAGUAAACGUGGUCUUUUGUUGACAUGACAGCAGUUGUGACCUAUUGUAGAUCUAUAGUACCAUUAUGCCUUUCUAUAUGGAACACAUCUCAGUUACAUGUUGUGUUAGCUUGUAGCAUAGCACACUUAUGUCAGCUCCUGAUGAUAGUCUGUGCUUUGAAUAUUUUUUUAUAAAAAAAGCAAACACCAGAGAUGUACAGUAUAUAUUGUCAGUCGGUGCCUAAACAAAACCACUCACCAAUCUAGUAGCACUGAAAUGAAUACAAAUUCUGUUGCUAUAGUUAAUAUUUAUUAUUUUGUAUUACUUUAGCAUACUAGUAUUUUUUAAGUUUCAGGCCGGCAAUCCUGUUGCUACCCUGAAUUUAAAAUGAUAUUUAACAAAACAUGACUAUGUCUCCAUGUUAUAAACCUAAGUAUUAAACAUGUAUUGUCCAGCAAAGGAAGUGGUAGACUUUAUGUUUGAGACUUUACGUGUAUCUUUAUUUAUUUAUGCUAAACAUGAUAAUAUUAGUGCCUGUGUAUUGUGGAGGUCCCUGGACGUCCAAACCCCUGAAGUGGAUGUAAUAUUUCAAGUUGUUGUAAUUAUUUAUUUAUUUGGCGUGUACAUAUUAGCAUUUCACGUGUGAUGAAAUGUUUUGUUUUGUAAUCAUUUCAUGUUUUUUUUGUCUUCCUCCAUAGCCUAAUGUACAAAUCAUGUUCGUUAUUCUCGUGUCAGAAGUCAAAGCUUUAGCGUAACUUGCAAAUGUUGCUUUGUAGAAAAGUGUAAAAUGGUGUUAGUCAAAUACACGUAGGUUUCUGUGUAGCAACAGCUGUUUAAACUUUAGACUACAGAGUGACUUUGUGAAACUAAAUACGUUAAUAAGUACGCUGUGAAGGACAGUCUAUUAUUUUUGACACGGCGGUCCAAACCCAUCACGGAUUAAUAAAAUAUAAAACCUCUUUUUAAUAGACUUUUCAAAUAUGAAGCUGGUUAUCAAAUAUCAUCAAAGUUGAAUGUUAAUUAUUUUUAGUAUUGUCACAUUAACAGAUGGAAAACGAUUAAUCAGUAUAGAGGAAUUAAAAUGGCUAACGUUUUAUAAUGUGAAAGUAUUAGUGUUUUAUUUAGAUUUUCUGUGUGCAGGAUGAGUUGUCUUAAAACCACACAAGCUAGUUUUGUACUGAAAGUAUUAAAACACACACACACACACACACACACACACACACACACACACACACACACACA